UCCCAGGCUGGGGGGCCAGCAGGAGGAAGAGGAGGAGGAGGAGGGAGAGGGAGGAGGGGGUCGGGGGCCUGCCAUGCCCAGCGCCCUCUACCAGCUGGAGGGGGGGCCCGGCACCUGCUGCCCCCCUCCCGGCUUGGGCAGCUUGCUGCUGAACCCACAGAUCCUGCCCCCCGCUUGCUUCGACCCCAACAGCAUCCUCCUCCCCAAGGGAGACCUCUCAGAGCAUCCUUCCUCUCCUCCUGCGGCGGAGGACCACCAGAGGGAUGAGGAUGCUGAGGAUGGAGAUGAUGGAGAAGAAGAAGAAGAGGACCCCUCCGCCGCUCUCCGCUUCGCCCUGGACCAGCUCUCCAUCUUGGGCUUGGCUAAGGAUGAGGAGGAGGAGGAAGCAGCUAGAGGAAAGGCGGAGGAGGAGGGUAGAGGAGGAGAAGAGGAGGAGGAUGCGGCGGCGCAGCAGCAACAUCAGCAUCCUGAGAAGGAUGGAGACCAUGGACCGCUUCUGGAAGAGGCAGAGGGGCUGGACCGCUUUGCCUAUGCCGGAGGAGCAGGAGGAGUGGCGGCGGCUCUGCCCCUCCUGGGCCCCGAAGGCGGCAGCGCCCCGCCGCCCCCCGAGAUCUUCGGGGCCUUCCCGGCCCACUUGGGGCCCCCUCACGCCCCGCAGCCCCCCCUGCUGGCCGGGCAGCACCUGGGCAGCAUUGGAAGCCGCAAGAGGAGCGUCAACAUGACCGAGUGCGUCUCUGUGCCCAGUUCGGAGCAUGUGGCCGAAAUUGUGGGCAGGCAAGGUAAACGCAUAAAACCUGCAAGUGAUGGGGAACCCCUGGGGGGUGGAUGUUGGUGGGCUGGGGGCUCUGGUUUGCUUUGCCCACCUUGGAACAGGAGCCCAGCAGGUAAGGAGCCGUGACGGGAAGACCCUUUCCGAAAUGCGCAAAUAAUAAUUUUACUAUUUAUACCCCACUUGCUUUGCCAAGGCACCCACUUAGUAAAACUCACUUGUGAGUUUCCGGGGGGGGGGUGGUGGUCAUUAUUAUUAUUUUUGCAUGGGGGGGCCUGUGUUCGCAGUGCGGCCUGCCUCUCUCUCUCUCUCUCUCUCCCCUUAACUUUCUUUUAACCAAGAAAUAAAAUGGGCAUCUUUUAGGCAGCGCCUUACGAAGAAAAAUCCCAAAGUUAGAGCCAUUUCUCUCUCUCUUGGAAAUGGGAUUUUUGUGGAGCGAGGGUGGAAUUAGAGGACAGGCAUGCUUGCGGGGGGGGGGGCAUAUUGGGAGCUGAGCUAGAGGACACCCCUCCUCCAAAAAAUGGUCUAACAUAAAUAUAUGUUUACCGUUUUUCAACGUAGGAUGGAAAUUGAGGGGGGGAGUUUACCUCUCUGUGACUUCCUCCCCCCCCCAAAAAAAAUACCCCCACCAAAUUGCUUCCCACCUGAGUUUAUAAACUCAGAUUUUAAGGCCUCUAAAGAUUCCCCCAAGCCAGGAACUGCCUUAAACUCCAGGCCUAUCCCAUUUCUGCUUUGGGGUAACACGGGGGGGGGGGACCCACACAAACCCCAAAUCCUUUUGUUCUUCUGUAUCCCAGGAACAGCGAGAAGGGAAGGGAAGGAAGUUUGGGAAGCGCUUGACUUUUUUCCCAUCCCAAAGCGAAAUAAAUCAGUGUCUCUUUUUAUAUCUGUUCAGACCUGCCCUCGCUUUUAUAAAAAGGAGAGACACAGAAAGAGAGAGUUUUGGGCAAGAGAUUUUUGAUAUUGGAAGGGGGGCGAGAAUCCCUCCUCUCUGGGAGACCCAUGUCAGUGUGUGCGAGGUUUGCCUCCCUUAGCAGACCUUUUAACCUUUUGAACCUUCCACUGAAAUUAAAAUUAAAAUAAAAAAGGGUUGCAUCCGACUGAGCUCUGCUCAGGGUCGAUGGGCCUAGAACAAACGGGCCUGGAUUUCAGUAGGCUUACUCUGAGUAGGACUAACUUUGCCAUCAGUCAUUUCCCCCACCCCCAAAAGAAACCCACCCCAAAUUCUUGAUGGACCUUGGUGUUGCCAUUUGCAUCUUUGUCUUGUGUUUUGAGAUGCGCUUCCAAACUUCACCUUUUCAAAACGAAACCCCUCUCUCUUUUUUAAAAAAACAAACCCUGAUGUGUCUUUGAUUCCCUGCUUGGAAAAGGAAGAUAGAUUUUUUAAAAACGACCUAGAAAGGAGAGUAGGUCGAAUAUUAAACCGCCGCCCCUUUGCUUUUUGCAAAAAAAUAAAUUACGGAUGAAAGCAAACCUGAUUUUAAAGCAUCUGUUUAGGUUUUGCAAAAAAAAACACCCCAAAAUGGAACAGUAUCGCACCCUUCCUGCUUUAAGCGUGGAACCGGUUGUGACGUGCAAUUACACACACACACACCCAACAUUUUCCCAAAUCUCUAUAUAUCUAAGGCUGGGCUUCCCAUAUGCUGCAAUCUUCCUUGCCUUUGUUCCUUCAGCUCCUGUGCAAUGUUCCUGAAUUUCCAACUUCUCGCUCUGGGGUUUUGCUUGGGUGUUUUUAUAUUUUCUUAUUUCCCCCCUAACAUUUUAUUUUUGGGGGGUGUGCAUCUCUCAAUACGCCCCCCUCCCCUUUGUUUAAUCUUCGCUUUGUUCCCUUUGUGAGAGGUACACGCUGUCUCGAAUGCAGUGACAUCACGCUCCCUGCUUCCGAUUGGGCCGUUCCAGGAGCACACACACCCCUCUCCCCGCCCCCUAGACCACGCCCAUCUUAAAUUUAGACCUUUCUCAGCUUCAAUUUUUUUGCACAGAAGAAAAGGGAGGGAUGGAUUGGGGUCAGUGCCAGAUUUACGUAUAAGCUAAACAAGCUCCAGCUUAGAGCCCCACUCUCUUGGGGGGUCCCCCAAAAAUUGAAGGGGGAAAAAACACCUUGAUGUACAUUUCCAAAAUAUAAGAUAAAAAGCAAAUGAAAUAAAACCUCCAUACAGCAACAGUGUUUUGGGUUGUGUAGGCUCCUGUGAUGUCAGUAUUAUAAUUAUUUCAUGUUAUAGCAAGUUUCCAGAGACUAGAUUACGAGUCUUUGUAAAUUGUGUUUCUAAAGGAAUGUUUGUUAUUGCCAAAUGCCAAUGUGUUUGCAUUAUUAAGUUUGUCGUGGAUAAAAAAAAUGAUUUUAAGUUAGAGCGUAAUAAUUAUUUCACUGUUAAUAUACUUCUUCUUAGUUGUAUUUCACUAUUAAUAUACUUCUUCUUAAUUGCAUUUCACUAUUAAUAUACUUCUUCUUAAUUGUAUUUCAGCAAAAACCAUUACUUUGAUAAAAUACAUAUUUUGUUACGUGCAAAUGGCUUGAGAUACCUAUUAGGUCCAUAAAUGACCAUAUAGCAUAUUUUCAACACACAAAAAACAGUGGCAAUUUGUUGUUGACAAAGGACAGCUGGACAUAGAAAGGGCCCCAUUACCUUCAGGAGCUGAGGGCCUCAUCAAACCUAAAUCCGGCCCUAGCCGCAGUAGUGACAUACAUAAAUAACCAUUUUUGACACCUGGGUAUUUCGGUCUGAAUUAUCCCCAAUCAAAAAGGGACGCUGUUUUUCUUUCUUUCUUUUUUCAAUUUUUUUUAUUGAUUUUCCAAAAUUUUUAAAACAAACAAACAAGCAUAAAUCUUAUCUAUACUUAAUCCAAUCUUCAUAACAUUGUUAGGUGACUUCCUCUAAUCCCCCUGGCUGAAUUUCAGUGUAACAGUUUUCCAAAACUAAAUUUCUCAUAAAAUUUAACUUAAUCAGUUAGCAUCAUUCUUUCUUUUCAUUUUGACUUUAAACAUUUUAUUCUCUAACAUCACCUGUUUAAAUCCUAAGCCUAUCUGAUAUUUGCAAGUGUUCCCAGUUAAAUUAUCUUAGCAUAUUUAACUAAAUAGUCUUUGAAUGUCAUCCAUUCCUCCUGGUACUCCUCCUCCUCCUCCUGGUUGCGGACUCUUCCGAAAAGUCCAUCAUCUUCAUCUGCCAUUCCUCCACUGUUGGGACUUCUUGCGAUUUCCAAUACUUAGCUAACAAAAUUCUAGCUGCAGUUGUAGCACACAAAAACAAUCUGACAUCUUUAAGGACGCUGGUUUUCUUGGGAAAGUACUGUGUUUUUCGCUCUAUAAGAUGCACUUUUUCCCUCCUAAAAGCGGGAAAUGUGUGUGCGUCUUAUGGAGCGAAUGCAGACUGCGCAGCUAUCCCAGAAGCCAGAACAGCAAGAGGGAUUGCUGCUUUCACUGUGCAGCGAUCCCUCUUGCUGUUCUGGGAUUCAGAAUAUUUUUUUCCUUGUUUUCCUCCUCCAAAAACUAGGUGCAUUCUAUGGUUUGGUGCGUCUUAUAGAGCAAAAAAUACGGUGCUUUUGAACGUUUAUUUCGACCGAGAGCUAACAUAUCGACCGUUUCUCUUCCGCCCGGCUCCAGGGUGCAAGAUCAAAGCCUUGCGGGCAAAAACCAACACCUACAUCAAGACCCCGGUGCGAGGCGAGGAGCCGGUCUUCAUCGUGACGGGGAGGAAAGAGGACGUCGAAAUGGCCAAGCGCGAGAUCCUCUCGGCCGCCGAGCAUUUCUCCAUGAUCCGAGCCACGCGGAACAAAGCCAGCGGCACGGGGGGCUCAAUCCUCGGCCCUCCGAACCUCCCGGGGCAGACGACCAUCCAGGUCCGCGUCCCGUACCGGGUUGUGGGGCUGGUUGUGGGCCCCAAAGGCGCCACCAUCAAACGCAUCCAGCAGCAGACGCACACGUACAUCGUCACCCCCAGCCGAGACAAGGAGCCCGUCUUCGAGGUGACCGGCAUGCCCGAGAACGUCGACCGGGCGCGAGAGGAAAUCGAGGCCCACAUCACCAUGCGCACCGGCUCCUUCGUCGACGUCAACGCCGACAACGACUUCCACUCUAACGGCACCGACGUCUGCCUGGACCUCCUGUCCGGCGGACCCUCCAGCCUGUGGUCCAAAGCCCCCAAUCCGGCCCGCCGCGCCCUGCCCGGCCUCCGCAGCGACACUUCCCCGGCGGAGACCUAUUUCGGCGGCCCCGUUCCCGACGGAGCCCCCAGCAGCCCGUUCGGCGGCGGCUCCGGCAGCUUCCCCUUCAGCGACGCUCUGGGCUCGGACGACGGCGACUUUGCCUUUGACUUCCUCCCCUUGGAGCUGGCGGCGCCGGCCCACAUCUGGUCUCCGUUCGAGCCCCCUGCCGACCCGCUCCAGGCCUUCAGCCGGUCUUCCUCCUCGUCGCACAGCGGCGCUUCUCAGCGGCGCAAGAGCACGCCGCGGCACUCGCCCACCUUCCCGGAGGCCGCGGCGGCCCUGGAGCACCCGCUGGCCCGCCGGAUCCCGAGCGAUCCAGUCAGCGCCGUCCCCUGGCUGCCGCCGCAGGGCUCCCUCUCAUCCUUCUCUAACAGCACGGGCUACUCCUCGUCAUCGUCGUCGCUGCCCGGGAGCCUCUCGGCCGCAUCGGGCUCCCCCACCGACUCCACCUGCUCCGAGGGCCCGCGCAAAGCUUCCCGCGAGUGCAUGGUCUGUUUUGAGAGUGAGGUGAUCGCCGCCUUGGUGCCCUGCGGCCACAACCUCUUCUGCAUGGAGUGCGCCAUGCGCAUCUGCGGCCGCUCCGACCCCGAGUGCCCGGCCUGCCACACGCCCGCCACGCAAGCCAUCCACAUUUUCUCAUAGGCGCGGCGGGUUCCCGGGGGUCCGGCGGCCCCCUUUCCCCACCCCCCUUUACGAAAACACGGCCGGCUUUUUGCGAACUUCCAAACUGUUUCUAUCAACCUUUUUUAUAUAUAUAUAAAAAAGCACACACAAACAUGGCGGAUUGCGGCGGGGAGGGAGAGGGGC